GUUUCUGGUGCGCACCGGAUAAUUUCAAUGAUUUAAUUUCUGUCGAAAUCCCAUUAGGGGCUUCGUGUCUCCCAGUCAAAAUGAAUUGGACGUCUAGCGCCGUCAAAGACAGCCAAUAAGUGCUCUAUGAGACAAGGCGUUGAGCAUUCGGUGGAUGAAACUGGAACUAGUCGGCACAUUUUCUCCAUGACGGCAAGUGGUGGCGCCCUUUGCCGGAGAAGCCGUGUCGUGGCGGCUCGCUCGGCGUCACGUGAGACCGCAGUAACGUGACUUUCCCAAACGGGAAGUGGGAGUCAAAAUCACACUAGUUCACAUCCCACACGACGUCAACUUCGACCCGAUCCACAGUCGCCGGUGAGGACGCUGACACCUAUGACAAAAAUUAUUAGAGGCCGCUGGAAUUGAGAGACAAGAAACGGAAUGCCUUUGCAGAUUUUGAGCAGUGUUUAGGGUACUUGACUUGAAGUAUCCAGCCCCACCGCAACUUCAGCUUUGUCAGUGAGUCUUCAUUCAUGAACAUUUUCUGAAGAAUCUGCUAAUACUGGAAUCUUGCGAGCUUCAACUGUAACAAGAUGGCCAGUGAAGGAUGAUUGAACCCCACCAAAUGCAGCCAUGGGCGCCAUGUUCCGCAGCGAGGAGGUGUGUCUGGUACAGCUCUUCCUACAAUCCGGCUCUGCAUACAACUGUGUCAGCGAGUUGGGGGAGCUGGGCCUGGUGGAGUUCAGAGAUCUAAAUCCCAAUGUGAACGCCUUUCAGAGGAAAUUUGUUGGUGAAGUGAGACGAUGCGAGGAGCUUGAGAAGACAUUUUCAUUCCUAGAGCAGCAGAUCAAUCGAUCCCUGUCCCCUCCUUUAAACGGCCCUCUUCCUCCUCCGUGUCCAACACCUUUGGCUCCUCAGCCCCGCGAGCUCAUCACCAUUGAGGAGGAAAGCGAGAGGCUGGCAAGAGAGCUCCGAGAGGUGUCCAGGAAUAGAGACAGUCUUCGUGCUCAGCUGACCCAGCUGUGCCAGUACAGAGGAGUGCUGACAAGAACACACUCUCUGACUGCCUCGCAGGCACCCCCACCUAUCCUGGAAAGCCAAGGUCUGUUUGACAACCACCGCGAUGUCCGUCUGAGUUUUGUGGCAGGAGUGGUCCACCCUUGGAGGGUUCCUUCAUUUGAGCGCCUGCUCUGGCGAGCGUGCCGCGGUUAUAUAAUUGUGGAUUUUAGAGAAAUGGAGGACCGUCUCGAGCACCCGGACACGGGAGAAAUGGUACAGUGGACGGUUUUCCUUAUUUCGUAUUGGGGCGAUCAGAUAGGACAGAAAGUGAAGAAGAUUUGUGACUGCUUUCGCACACAGACGUUUGUCUAUCCUGAGAACACGGCUGAAAGAGAGGAGAUUCUUCAAGGACUUCAAGGCAGAAUUGAAGAUAUCAAAUCUGUGUUGUCUCAGACCGAGGCCUUCCUGCAGCAGCUGCUCGUGCGGGCGGUGGCCGUGCUGCCCCAGUGGAAGGUGCGCGUCCAGAAAUGCAAGGCGGUCCAAAUGGUCCUUAACCUCUGCAGCCCCUCCGUCACUGACAAGUGCCUGAUCGCUGAGGCGUGGUGCCCUGUCGCCAAGCUUCCCGAGCUGCAGAGCGCUCUGAGAGAAGGAGGGAGAAAGAGUGGCAGUGGAGUUGACUCUUUCUACAACCGCUUGCCAUCAUCUACCUCACCGCCUACCCUGUUCCCGCUCAACUCUUUCACCGCCGGUUUCCAGAACAUUGUGGAUGCCUACGGAGUGGCCAGUUACCGGGAAGUCAAUCCGGCCGUAUACACCAUAAUUACAUUCCCCUUCCUGUUUGCUGUCAUGUUUGGGGAUGUGGGUCAUGGUAUCCUGAUGGCCCUGGCUGGCCUUUGGAUGGUUCUUGAGGAGAAGGACCCCAAACUGAGAAGCAACAAUAAUGAGAUCUGGAAGAUGAUGUUCGGUGGUCGGUAUCUGAUUCUUUUGAUGGGCCUGUUCUCCAUCUACACAGGAGCAAUCUACAAUGAGUGCUUCAGCCGGGGCCUCAACACUUUCAGCUCAGGGUGGCAUGUCGGCCCAAUGUUUGAAAAAAACAUUUGGAACUCGUCGGUCCUGGCAGGGAACAAGUUUUUGUCUAUGGAUCCGGUCGUGCCUGGUGUCUUCACGACUCCUUACCCGUUUGGCAUUGACCCGAUUUGGGGUUUGGCCAAUAACAAACUCACCUUUCUCAACUCGUACAAGAUGAAGAUGUCUGUUAUCAUCGGCAUCAUCCACAUGACUUUUGGAGUCUGUUUGUCAUUUUUCAACUAUGUGCACUUUGGCAAAUUGAGCAGCGUGUUCCUUGUACUGAUCCCAGAGCUGUUCUUCAUGUUGUGUCUGUUCGGAUACCUGGUGUUUAUGGUGGUCUUCAAGUGGAUCGCCUACACUCCCGCAGAGUCCAAAAUCGCUCCCAGUAUACUCAUUCAUUUUAUAGACAUGUUCCUCUUCGCGGAAAAUGCAGACAAUCCACCUCUAUAUACAGGACAGGGUAUUGUACAGAAAGUACUGGUUGUGCUGGCGCUAUGCUCCGUUCCCGUCCUCCUGCUUGGGAAACCACUGUUCGAAUACAUCACACACAAGGGGAGAAGUCGCGAGCUGCAUCUACAAGAAGAAAGACGCCCGCUGGUGGCCGACGAAGGCUCCAUUAACUCCCGGGAGGUGGACCGAGAUUCCGCUGAGCCGGAGGAGUUUGAUGCUGCCGACGUGUUCAUGCAUCAGGCCAUUCACACUAUUGAGUACUGCCUGGGCUGCAUCUCAAACACCGCCUCCUACCUUCGACUUUGGGCUCUAAGUCUGGCGCACGCACAGUUGUCAGAGGUGUUGUGGGUCAUGGUGAUGCGCGUGGCCCUAAGGUGGCAGGGCUACGUGGGCUCCGCAGUUCUCUUUGUGGUCUUUAGCUUCUUCGCUGUGUUGACCAUCUCCAUCCUGCUGGUUAUGGAGGGACUCUCAGCUUUCUUGCACGCACUCCGUCUACACUGGGUGGAGUUCCAGAACAAAUUCUACAGUGGUUCAGGCUACAAGCUGCACCCUUUCUCUUUCACGUCUCUCAUCAAUGCAUCAGCAGCCAUAUGAUCGUCAAACAGGCCAAAGAAUUCACUGAAUUUGCAAAAUCAUUCAUUUAUUUACCUCAUGGAGUUCUUGGAUCGUAGCAGAGAAACACAACUGUGUUCUGCGGACUGAGGCUAUGUAACGGUUUAAUUGCACAAUGAACACGAUGGCGUGGACUGUUAUGGCAUCGUUAGAAUGAUAUCCCCCCAAAAAUAGUUACGGUCUAUAAAAAAACGUGCUACUCCUAUUUGCAAAUUUUAUUCACUCAAGAGUUAUAUGAAUGAAUUCUAAUAACUAAUUUCUAUAAAGUAAAUAUUGAUACUUUUCACUGUGACAUUAAGAUCAUCUUAACAUUUGAAAGGGAAAUUUAUGAGGGGUGUAUGUUGAACUUCAUUUAGACAGGGUUGUUGAUUUGACCAAAUGUUGCUGGCAAUUAUGUUUUUUUUUUACAGGGCCAUGUCACUGAAACACAUGCAAAUGUCAAAACAAUUUAAUCUUAAAACAUUACUGUUUUAUCUUGUGCCUUAUUGAGAUAACAUGUCAAGCAUUAGUUUUUUUGGGACCACAUUACCAUGCUGAUGCAGUAUUUUGAACCACUUUUGGAAAUGUUUUGAUCCCCCCCCCCCCCCCCCCCCUUUAUGCACUGUCAAGAGUGAUCAAAUUUUGACUGAAAUUAAAUAUAAUU